AAUAUGACUCUCCCUACGGCCCUCUGCGCCCUGUACCUGCCCGUCCUCCUGGUGGCGGCGGCGGUGGUCUCGUCCCACGACCACGCCAAGCGGUCGCUUGUGCCGCGCGCCGCCACACGCCUCGUGGCCCGCAUGGACGGCGACGUCAUCAUCGGAGCCCUCUUCUCCGUGCACCACCAGCCCUCCGCCGAGAAGGUGGCGGAGCGCAAGUGCGGCGAGAUCCGCGAGCAGUACGGCAUCCAGCGGGUAGAGGCCAUGUUCCACGCGUUGGACCGCAUCAACGCCGACCCCCACCUGCUGCCCAACAUCACGCUGGGCUGCGAGAUCCGCGACUCCUGCUGGCAUUCGUCGGUGGCCCUGGAGCAGAGCAUCGAGUUCAUCCGCGACUCACUCAUCUCCAUCCGCGACGACAAGGACGGCGCCCGUUGGUGUGUGGAGGGCGUGCCGCACAGCCAGCCGCCGCCCUCCACCAAGAAGCCCAUCGCCGGGGUGAUCGGGCCGGGCUCCAGCUCGGUGGCCAUCCAGGUGCAGAACCUGCUGCAGCUCUUCAACAUCCCCCAGAUCGCCUACUCAGCCACCAGCAUCGACCUCAGCGACAAGACGCUGUUCAAGUACUUCCUGCGCGUGGUGCCGUCGGACACGCUGCAGGCCCGCGCCAUCCUGGACAUCGUCAAGCGCUACAACUGGACCUACGUGUCGGCCGUGCACACCGAGGGAAACUAUGGCGAGAGCGGCAUGGACGCCUUCAAGGAGCUGGCCGCGCAGGAGGGGCUGUGCAUCGCCCACUCGGACAAGAUCUACAGCAACGCGGGCGAGAGGCACUUCGACCGGCUGCUGAGGAAGCUGCGGGAGCGGCUGCCCAAGGCCCGCGUGGUGGUGUGCUUCUGCGAGGGCAUGACGGUGCGUGGCUUGCUGAUGGCCAUGAGGCGGCUGGGCGUGGCCGGGGAGUUCCUCCUGAUUGGCAGCGACGGCUGGGCCGACCGGGACGAGGUGGUGGAGGAGUACGAGCAGGAGGCGGUGGGAGGCAUCACAGUGAAGCUGAAGUCGGAGGAGGUCACCUCCUUCGACGACUACUUCCUGAAGCUGCGCCUGCAAACCAACACCCGCAACCCGUGGUUCCCCGAGUUCUGGCAGUACCGCUUCCAGUGCCGCCUCCACGGACACCCCCUGGAGAACCUCAACUACGCCCGCAACUGCUCAGGCUACGAGAGUCUGGAGGACAACUACGUCCAGGACAGCAAGAUGGGCUUUGUCAUCAAUGCCAUCUACGCCAUGGCACACGGCCUCCACGACAUGCACCGCCGUCUGUGUCCCCGAAACGCUGGGCUCUGUGAGGCUAUGGACCCCGUGGACGGCAGCCAGCUGCUGGACGCCCUUCUCAAGACCACCUUUGCCGGCGUCUCCGGGGAGGACAUCUGGUUCGACGAGAACGGAGACUCCCCCGGCAGGUACGAGAUCAUGAACCUGCGGCAGGUGGACCCGGGGGUCUACGACUACAUCAACGUGGGCUCCUGGCACGAGGGUCUCCUAAGCAUCGACGACGACAUGAUCCGCAUGAACCGCAGCGAGAUGGUGCGCUCCGUCUGCAGCGAGCCCUGCUCCAAGGGCGACAUCAAGGUGAUCAGGAAGGGCGAGGUGAGCUGCUGCUGGAUCUGCACCGCAUGUAAAGACAACGAGUUCGUCCAGGACGAGUUCACCUGCAAGGCGUGUGACCUGGGCUGGUGGCCCAACGACGAACUAGAAGGCUGUGAGCCCAUCACACUGCGUUACCUGGAGUGGAGUAACCCUGAGUCGGUCAUCCAGGUGGUCCUCUCCUGUGUGGGCAUCCUGAUCACAUCCUUCGUGGCGUUCAUCUUCGUGCUGUACCGCGACACGCCCGUGGUCAAGUCCUCCAGCCGGGAGCUCUGCUACAUCAUCCUAGCCGGCAUCUUCCUGGGCUACUUGUGCCCCUUCACGCUGAUCGCCCGGCCCACCGUGGCCUCCUGCUACCUGCAGAGGCUCCUGGUCGGCCUGUCCGCCGCCAUGUGCUACUCGGCGCUGGUCACCAAGACCAACCGCAUCGCCCGCAUCCUGGCGGGCAGCAAGAAGAAGAUCUGCACGCGCAAGCCCCGCUUCAUGAGCGCCUGGGCCCAGGUGGUGAUCGCCUCGCUGCUGGUGAGCGUGCAGCUGUCCCUGGAAAUCACCCUCAUCAUCCUGGAGCCGCCCAUGCCCGUCAAGUCCUACCCUAGCAUCCGAGAGGUCUUCCUCAUCUGCAACACCAGCAACGUGGGCAUGGUGGCACCGCUGGGCUACAACGGCCUGCUGAUCAUGAGCUGCACCUACUACGCCUUCAAGACGCGCAACGUGCCGGCCAACUUCAACGAGGCCAAGUACAUCGCCUUCACCAUGUACACCACCUGCAUCAUCUGGCUGGCCUUCGUGCCCAUCUACUUCGGCUCCAACUACAAGAUCAUCACCACGUCCUUCUCCGUCAGCCUGAGCGUCACCGUGGCGCUGGGCUGCAUGUUCACGCCCAAGAUGUACAUCAUCCUGGCCAAGCCCGAGAGGAACGUGCGCAGCGCCUUCACCACCUCCGACGUGGUGCGCAUGCACGUGGGCGACGGCAAGAUCGCCUGCCACAACAACAGCUUCCUGAACAUGUUCAGGAGGAAGAAGAACGCAGGAAACGGCAGUUCUAAUGGAAAGUCUGUGUCAUGGUCUGAACCAGGUGCAAGGCAUCCUCCAAAGGGGGAUCACAUGUGGCACAGACUGUCAGUGCAUGUGAAGAGACAGGACGUAUGCUCCAAUCAGACGGCUGUCAUCAGGCCCUUAACUAACGCCUACCAUAGCGCAGGCCUGGAGCUCUCGGAGCUCAGCACUAAGACUCUGUACAACGUGGCCGAGGAGGACGAGAGCCUAGAAACGCUUAGAUACCACCCCCCUGACGCCCCGCUCCCCACCAUGACCCCCAGCGGGCAGCACGUGCAGGAGGAGGAGCCGGCGGAGGGCGGUGGCGUCCCCGUCUACCUGCAGGCCCCCCUCGGUCAAGGCUUCCCUGCGCCGGGGGGUCUGUACGGGGGGGAGGGCGCCUCUGCAAUCGUGCAGGAGGAAGAGGAGGAAGAGGAGGAGGUGGACAACGAGCAGCUGGGCCUCCUACGGGGGUACAUGUACAACAACGCACAGGUCCACGAGCAGGAGGAGGAGGGGGAUGUGGCUCAGCUCAAACUGGCCAUUGAGGCCGGGAGCUCCAUGGCGCUGAUGCCCCCCUCCCCGUUCCGCGACUGCGUGGCCCCCCCCAAGAGCCCCUUCCCCGACUCCCCCGUGUCCGAGUCCGUCCUGUGCACCCCCACUAACGUGCCGUACGCCGCCGUUAUCCUCAGAGACUACAAACAGACCUCCUCCACUCUGUAACCUUGGCAACGGGGUGGCGGGGGUGCGGCGGUGGCGUGCGAUACGUGUUUUAUUCAUCAUCCUUGUUGUGAUGGAAGCUGUUUAAGCCGGUCCUGGGUUGAAGGGGUGUUCAUUAUUUUAUCGUUAGUGCUCUGACACAGAUACACGGUGUAAACUGGAAUAUUGAACUGUUUCGGUUCUUGAUGUUACCUACGUUGUUAAGGAAAUCUGCCUGUUGAAACCUAUUUCUACUUACUUAAGCUUUUAACUGACUUUGUGCUUAUUAUAGACCAGCAAG